UUAAUUAAAGGGACGCAAUAUAUAAUUUCCUUUUACCAUUUUCUCUUUGUUUUCCUCUAAAAAAAAUCUCUUAAUUUUCAAAUAAUUUCUUGCUAUUUGCUCUCAGCUUGGCAGAUGAAAAAUUUUUUCUGCCAUUUUCCCAGGUUUCUCCAGUUAAGGUGCUUAAUCAAGAUGAAGUGCUUUGUUUCCUUAAUUGCUUGUGAAUGAAGAACUGAUAGACAAUGGAGUCCUCUGUUAGUUUUGCUAACGAUGAAGACAUUAAUAAGGAUAAUAAAAGAGAAAUUGAUAAUAAAGUGGCAAGAAUCUUGAAACUUAUCAAGAGCAGUGGCCAAGACAAGAAAGGUAAGAGCUCAGAAGACUCAAGCAAAAGAUCAGAACUUAUUGGACUUAUUCAAGAUUUCUACACAGAGUACCAGUCACUCUAUGCGCAAUAUGAACAUGUUCGAGGAGAGAUUGGCAAAAGAAAUCGUGGCAGGAAAGAAAAGGAAAAUUCUUCCUCUGCACCCAGCUCUGACUCAGAGGAGUAUUACUCCUCUGAGGACAUUGAAAAUGGUGCUUUGAGUAGACAUAACAAGGCAUCAGACAUGGCUAACAAAGAAGUUGAAACUGCAAAUUUUGAUGAAGCUGGGCUGAAGCCUAUUUUGAUCUCUACAGCAUUAGAUAAGGAAUCUUUAACUUCAAAAUAUAUGGCAGCUUUUGGUAAAUCACCAAGGACAAGAAAGCGAGAGCAUUCGAACCUUGUGAAGGCGCUUGAGCUUCAUGGGAAUCAAGCAUCAGCUCAGAUAAACGGGUUAGAAGGGCAGUUAUAUGUUCUGAGGACAGAGCUGGAAUCCUUGCGCAGCUUGAAAAUUGGUCUUGAAAAGAAGAUUGAAGAAAAAGAAACGGAAGCUAGACAGCUUGGGGAGACAAAUGUUCAACUGCGUUCACGGGUUUCAGAGCUUGAAUUGAUAUCAGAGGAUAAAGGAAAUGAAAUUUCUGCAAUGACAGUGAGAAUGAAGGAGAAUGAGAACAAUUUGACGUCCAGGAUUGAAGUUCUAUUGACACAAGUUAACAAUCUGCAACAGGAGAUGGAAUCAUUACGUGCUGAAAAAGCUGAACUGGUAGAAAGUAAGAGAAAUGGAGAAUCGGCUCAAGUAAAGGGCUUAAAGGAUCAAGCCAACAUCUUGCAGCAGAAAUUGGAAUCCCUUAGCAAGGAGAAAACUGAACUGCUACUUCAACUGGACAUAAAAACAAAAGAAAUUACAGAAAACCAGACUUGGAUAGAAACGCUGAAAAAGGAACUAGCAAGAAAGGUUGUACUUGAACAGGGCUUGCUAAAAGAGAAAGAAGGUUUUGUUGUGCAGAUGGAGGAUCUGAAAUUGGAAGUGAACUCCCCACAUGACCAGAAUAACAAACUGGAAGAGUUGAUAAGAAGUAGGAAUCGAGAAACAGACGAGUUGAGGGAGGAAAAGGGCAGGCUGCAAGCUAGAAUUUCAGAAUUGGAGGGGAGCUUGGUGAAUAAAGGACAAGAGCUUUCUAUAGUCAAGAAGAAAUUUGAAAGCAAAAAGAAUGAAGCUUCUACUCAGAUUAUGUCCCUAAAAGCAAAGGUUAACAACCUACAACAAGAGCUGGAUUCAUUGCUUUGUGAGAAGAGCAAGUUAGAGGCUCACAAUGAUAGGCUAAAGCAAGACUCUGCACAUAGCCAAAUGCAGGUUGAAAAUGAAAUUCUGAAUUUAACAAUCAAGAUUGAAGACCAACAGAAAACCCUCAAGGAAAAGGAAAGUAGCAUAAAGAAGUUCACUGAAGAGCAAAAACUAACCAAACAUCUUUCGCUGGAUUCCCAGAAACAACGACCAGAAUCCCCCAAGUAUCGAUCAAUGGAUUCCACCAAGUUAAGUCAUCAAGUUAUAGAGAGGAAGAUAGAUGAACUGGCAGAAAAGUUCCACAUGAAAAUGGAAAAUCAUAUUCGUCUCUUGUUUCAGAGAAUCCGAGUUGCAGAACAAAUACAUGCUGAAACCAAAGAUGCAUACAAGAAGAUGUUAGAGAAGCUUGAGCAAGAAAAUACAGAACUCAAUGGAAAGAAAGCCAUAUAUGAAGCUGAGCUCAUGAAGAUGAGGGAAAUAUUAUUGUCACCAGAAAGCAAUCUAUUGAAAGGAUUGGAUUUAAUGAUCAGGAAAAUAGACGAGGAAAAUGGUAACUUCUUGAACCGCAUUUCCAGAAUCUCAAAGGAGCUUCAGCGUGCAAAGGAUUGGAUCACAGGAAAAAAUGAAGAGAUAAAGAAACUGAAAUAUAACGUGGAAAGUUUAACAUCUCAACUAGAUGAGAAGGAAGAGGAAGAAUUCUUGCUAAAAGAGAAGGUGGAGAAGUUGGAUACAGAGAUAAGCAGCGAAGGAUUGGAAGAGUGCAAGCCAAAUGUUGCAAGCCAACUUGAGAGAACGGUGGAAGAUUUAGAGCGGCAGCUGAAAGAGAGGGAUGAUAUUUUUUCUAAUCUUGGUGAGGAGAAGAGGGAGGCCAUUAGGCAGUUAUGUGUUUUGAUUGAUUAUCAUCGCCAACGCUAUGAUCAUCUCAAAGAAUCAGUAUCAAAGAUGCCCAUUAAGUUCAAGAAACCAGCUUAACUAGGAGUCAUUUUUAGUGUAACAUAUACAAGCAAUUUCAGGUUGAUUUCCCACUUAUGUACAGGACAUUAGUUGCAAUUUUUCCAUUUUAAAUUAUGUAAUCAUCACCUAAUAACUCUUUAUCAUUUUGGGAUAUAACUUUUUA